UUUUUUGAGAAAAAGAAAAACUUUUUACUGGUAUUUUGCCUAGCAGCCGAAAUUAUCUUUGGUUGCUAAACGACGGUCUUGCUUCCCUCUCAAGCUCAAUAACGCAAUUCUCACCCAAUGUUUCUGUCUCGGCUGCCACUGCCACCACCUAAGCUUCCAUAACUAUUAUUAUUAUUAUUAUUCAUCGCUGCCCCAAACUCUAUCUCGAAGCUCUGUUCUUCACUUCUUCCCAAAACCCAGAACCCCAAAGUCUGCAACUUGGUGAUUGGCGAACCUCUGGCUUUUCUAUCACUAAUACAAUGGAAAUGGAACCAGACACAAGUAUAAGGGCAAUAAUCCGCAAUUGGAAACAUGGUUAUAGAGCUUUGUCACAUAUGAGAUGGGCUGCUGCUUUUGGGUUUCAUAUAUCAGUGGUUGGUUUAGUGGGAGUUGUUGGUUUUAUAUUGGCUACAAUAAGGAAUGGUAAAUCGGGGGAAAAGAGAAAGAAACAUUGGGAGAAGCUAUGCUUGGUUCCUGGGUUGCAAAAUCUUGGCAAUAACUGUUUCUUGAAUGUAAUUUUGCAGGCUCUGGCUAGCUGCACAUAUUUUCAGUCUUUUCUUCAGAAGAUACUAGACAAAUGUGAAUCACCAACAGAUGAGGGACAGGGUGAAAGCUUGCCGCUUACAAUUACUUUGUCUGCUCUCUUAGAAGAAUUAAGUAUGGCUGGAGAAAGUAGAGUUGCAUUAAGCCCAAAUAAAGUUAUGCGUGCAUUGGCACUUUAUAUUCAAAAUUUUGAUUUAACAAGCCAGCAGGACGCUGCAGAAGCAUUUCUCCAUCUUUUGUCUUCUUUAAGAGAAGAAUUUUCUGAUAUCUAUCUUCCCAGUCAAAGUACUCUAGCAGAUGUUUUUACUUCACAAAGCAGUAGAAUUCUAACUCCCCAGAGGAAGGUGGAUCAGAGUGAGCAAGAAAGAUGGCAGCAACACUAUCUUGGACCUUUUGAUGGCAUUAUUGGUAGCAUUUUAACUUGUCAGAGUUGUUCAUCUCAGAUUUCUUUGGAUUUGCAAUUUUUUCACAGCUUGCCCCUUUUGCCAGUUCUUUAUGGUGGUUCUACAAUUAUGGCUGGUUGCACCUUGGAGGAUUGCUUAAGGCAGUUUGUACUUGCUGAAAAAAUUGAGAACUAUUACUGCAGCUAUUGUUGGCACAUUGCUGCAAUAAAGUAUUUAUCUUCUACAGGAGCAAAUGAGAUGGAGAUUGAAAAGUUGAAACAAUGCAGUGCACAAGACACCUGUGAUUGUCGAAGUUUUCUUUGUCUUGAAAGGCUACCCUGGUCAAAUAACUUUUCCAGUACUCUAAAGCAACUAACCAUUACUCGCUGUCCAAAGAUUCUAUGCAUUCAUCUACAGCGUGCUUCAAUAAAUGAGUUUGGGGAACUAAUCAAGCUUCAGGGCCAUAUUUCUUUUCCAUUGAUUUUAGACCUGUUGCCAUUCAUGACUACUGGUGUGGAAAUAAAGAACUGGGAAGGAGUCCAUAAAGGGCUAAAGCUGCAAAAUCAAAAGCCAGGUCCUUGUCUCAACUUUAUCAAUAUGCAAUUCAAAACCAUUUUCAAUCAUAUAAGUAAACCAAUUGGAGAAAUGGUCUCUUCCGAAAUAUUAGCCAUGAGUGACUUUCGAUGUUCUUUCCCUGGAGAAUCCUUUGGAAAUAAGUCUGACCUGUCCCAAACUGAUGGUUGUUCAAAGGCCUCAAACACAGACAUGGAAAAGCAAUAUGAUGACAAGGUGAGUUUGACUGGCAAGUUACCUCCUUCAGAAACUAAAUUAUACCAGCUUGUUUCAGUUGUGGAGCACUUUGGGAGACCCGGAGGUGGGCAUUAUACUGUUUACAGAAGUAUGAGAGUCAAAUCAGAUGAGGAAGAUUCAGAUGAAUACUCUGAGCCUGCUACAAUCAAGUGGUUCUGCAUUUCAGAUUCUCAAGUAUGUACUGUCUCGGAGAAGGAUGUUUUAACUGCAGAAGCGAGCUUGCUUUUUUAUGAGAGGAUCAUAGAAGGCUGAAACGAUGCAUACUUGUUGUAAGUAUUAUGCUUUUCCUAACGCCAUUUCUUGUCGCUCAAAAAACUUCUGCUACCAUCACAACUGCAAAUUGGAACUUUGAAGUGUUAAUGUGGUGCCUAAGGGAGGUUCGAACGAACAGAGAUUGUGAUCAACUGAUUCAAACUGAACCUUUCGGGAGCCCUUGUGGGUGAAGCAUUGCUUGUUUGGAGAUUCCACCUUUGAACAUAUCCUUUCCACCCAGAACCUAUCAUUUCAUUUUGUCAUUUAUUACGAGAAAUUAUGAAGACAGCUCAGAGUCAUUUGGUUCAACUUUUUGUAUGAAAAGGCAGGACCUCAAGGUUAUUCAGCACUCCUGUUUAAAGCCAACAACUAAAUCUAUUACCAGGGAUGGAUGGUUCAAGACUUUUUGCUUUGGCUAUAGAUACAAAAUUUUCUGGUUCAUAUCAUUGUGUGAAUCUUCCAUGUUUGGGUUUUUUUUUUUUUUUUUUAACCUUGAGAAAAAUUUUAGGGACUAGUUCAAAUAUGUGGACAUUUUUAGGAAAUUCAAUGCCUUUUGAGAUGGCCUAGUUUGUAUAAUUUCAUAAAGAAAAGUUACAAAAAGGUGUGAUAAAUUAGAAACAUUUUUCAAGUUUGUAUAAUUUCAGAAAGAAAAGUUACUAAAAAGGGUGAAUUUCUAAAAAUAUUUGUCUUGAAAAUAUUUUUUUUAGACUUUAGGAUUGAGAA